CAAAAAGCAAGAGAGGAGGGCUAAUCACAUGGAGAGGGAAGUGAAUGGAGAUUGGUAGUUAUUCAACGGUCCCCCUGAAGUGCUGCCGUGAAGGACCAUGAGUCAAGGAGCCAAACCUAGCACAGAGCAUGGAAAGGAGGCAAACAACACUGUGUACCUGAUCCUGGAGAAGCAGUUCAGCCCCAUGGGGAUGCGAGGCCAGGCCGUGACCACCUCUGCUCUGGUGUAUUGUAUUCAGCUUCCUCAGGCAAGAUGUGAGGAGAACUGCAUGAAUCCUGAACAUUGCCUGACCACAGAUUGGGUACAUCUCUGGUAUAUAUGGUUGCUGGUGGUAAUUGGUGCACUGCUGCUCCUGUGUGGCCUGACUUCUGUCUGCUUCCGCUGCUGUCUGAGUCGCCAGCAAAAUGGGGAAGAUCAAGGCCGGCCUCCCUAUGAAGUGACUGUCAUUGCUUUUGAUCAUGACAGCACUCUCCAGAGCACUAUCAGUUCCCUGCAGUCAAUCUUUGGCCCUGCAGCUCGAAGAAUCCUGGCUGUGGCUCACUCUCACAGCCCCCUGGGCCAGUUGCCCUCCUCUUUGGACACCCUCCCAGGGUAUGAAGAAGCUCUUCACAUGAGUCGCUUCACUGUUGCAAGGUGUGGACAGAAAGCUCCUGAUCUACCCUCAGUGCCAGAAGAGAAGCAGCCACCGCCAGUGGAUGAGUCUCCUAGAGCAGGAGGCUCUUCGAACUGAUGGGAACUCUGGUUUUAUAAAUGGGGUGGGGGUUUCCCCAGAGUUGCUACAGGUAGACAGACAAAACUUUUUUUUUUUCUUUCUAAUUUUUGGAAGGUUUAGGAUGACAACCAAACAGUAGUCAGUGGAAAGGAUGAGUUCCAAUUCUUCCUUCCCAAUUAUGAAUUGCUCUAAUUGGGAUCUCUAAUUCUUUAUCCAGUGACCAAAAUUUGCAAUUAUUCUUAGCAAUGCUUAUUACUACUAAACCCAGAAAGCAUCAAAAGUAUCUUGAACUCCUCUAGCUAUUGAGUUUCUUUACCCAUAGAAUACUGCAAGUGGUUUUUCUUUCUGCCAGCUAUAAUAUAAGAAUAAAUAGUAAUACACUUGUAGAGAAAAACGAAGAGUAUAGGCACAGCCACAGACAUUAAUGCACCAAAAUCAUCAAUUCUUCUUCUUGAGAGAAUGUUCACUUUUAUACUGAAUGGCAAUGAUACUCUUGGACACCAAGUAAUACCUAAGUGAGCAUCCAGGAUGCAAGAGUAAGAUUGUAGUUAUGGGCUAAGAGAACACGGUAUAGUACUGAGGUGUCAAAUACCAAGGUCUUUCCUUCACUCUGGCCCUAUCCAUGCAUAGAGUGCAGUAACAGUUUCUAUUGAUUUUUCAGUUGUUCUGCCUUCCAAACACAUGUGCACGGCACACACACAUGCACGCGUGCACGCAUACACAUACAUAUGCAGUAUUUUCUAAGUCUAAAAGAAUAGCUCUGUUUUGCUUCUUUUGUCUUUCUGGCUUUGGCCACUUAAAGCCAGGUUCUAUAGUGACACACACUAGUGGGGCGGCCUUCACUGCCACCUAGUGGAGCGAUGGUAAAAAAUGUAUUCUGUUUGAACCUAUCUGCACCCCUCUUCUGUUCCUGGAGCAAGUAACUGAACUCAGUUCUUGAGCGAUCCUUCCAGUCACACCACCCUGCCCUGUAGUGCUAAGCUGUCCACCUGACAUACCGCUGGACAAUUAGGAAGUGAAGUGUGUCGCGGAAAAAAUGACUUGCCAAUGUCCUUAGAUAAAUCGUUGAAAAUCUUUAAAGCAAUUUUCCCACUUGUAAAAUAGGGUGUAACAACACCUCCAAGGAUUGUUGUGAGGAUCAAAUAAAGUAAAUAUACAUGACAAGAUUUAUAAAGUAUUUUGCACACGUAUUUGAUACUCUUACUAUUGAUAUCUAAUUUUCACCUGUCAAGAUUCUACUGAGAAUUGUGUUCUCACUUGUCCUUUUGCCAAUCACCCAGGCACUUCAUUUCAUCAAUAAAUAUUUGUUGAUUGAGGUUAACAACUGAAAAUAUGUUAUUCUUU